GGGAAUCUAUUUUACACCUGCAAACCAAACCAAACCCAUCUCUUUGAAUCAUGAAGCUCAAAUAGCAGAUCUGUCUACAUACAUACAUACAUACAUAAGAAUAAGAAUUAUAUCAUUAUCCGUCAUCAACCCCAAAUCUCCCUCAUUUUAUUUCACAUAUAAAUAAAAGGAGGGGAAAGAGGGAGGGAGAAUGGGGCCAGUAUACUAUAUAAUAGUGGCGUUACCAUGCACAAUUGGGGCAAUCUGUUUGGCACUUGUUCAUAUUUAUCGGCAUCUUUUGAAUUACACCGAACCUACUUAUCAACGUUUUAUCGUUCGUAUUAUCUUCAUGGUUCCUGUUUAUGCAUUGAUGUCCUUUAUGUCGCUUGUAUUCAAUAAGAGCUCAAUCUACUUCAAUUCUAUCCGAGAAGUGUAUGAAGCGUGGGUUAUAUAUACAUUUCUGUCACUUUGUCUGGCAUGGGUUGGUGGUCCAGGCGCAGUUGUUUUGAGUCUUACUGGGCGAGUUCUUAAGUCAAAUUGGUGUUUGAUGACAUGUUGCUUCCCUCCCAUUCCACUGGAUGGACGGUUUAUACGAAGAUGCAAACAAGGCUGUUUGCAGUUUGUCAUUCUUAAACCUAUAUUGGUGGCAGUUACUUUCGUACUUUAUGCAAACGGAAAAUAUCAUGAUGGAAAUUUCAGUGUGGCACAGUCAUACCUAUAUCUCACCAUUAUAUACACUGUUUCUUACUCUUUGGCUUUGUAUGCUCUUGCCUUGUUUUACAUGGCAUGUAGAGAUAUGCUCCAGCCAUUUAACCCUGUCCCAAAGUUCAUCAUCAUCAAGAGUGUUGUCUUUUUGACGUAUUGGCAGGGUGUUUUGGUUUUCCUUGCUGCAAAGUACGAGUUCAUAAAAAAUGCAGAAGAAGCAGCUGAGUUUCAAAACUUCAUAAUCUGUGUUGAGAUGCUUAUCGCUGCCGUGGGUCAUCUUUAUGCAUUCCCGUACAAAGAGUAUGCUGGUGCAAAUGUCGGUGCAUCCCAUGGGUUUACAGCUAGUCUUGCACAUGCUUUGAAGUUAAAUGACUUCUAUCAUGACACUGUUCACCAGUUCGCACCAACAUAUCAUGACUAUGUAUUAUACAACCAUAGCAGUGAUUCGGGUGAAGAAAAUGGUACAAAGUACAGGGCGCGCACUUUUGUCCCAACUGGUCCAGAGAUGGACAAUGCUAGAAAAAGCAAGGACAUUGCAGCAAAUAAGUUAGAUGGCAUACAGCUAUCACGUAUGUCAUCAUCUGGUGAUAGCUCACCUGAAAAUAAUAACCUACAAGAAACAGCAAAAUCAGAAUCGAUGGACUCAUCACUACUUGUGGAUGUCUCAAAUUCAUCGUCAACGUCCUUUGAUCUUACCCUCGUUGAUCUUAGCUUGUCUAAUUAUCCAGAAGAGGUACCCGCAGUAACAGAACCAGAGACUAGAUGAUCUUGCCAAGAUAUAUAUAUAUAUUUUUUAACUAGUUUGUCUAGUGAUUUGUCAAAUGUUGAUUUGUUAGAGAUACCAUGUGAAUGAGGCUUCUGGUCAUCUCUGUCUUUAUAAAAUUAGUUGCCCAUGUUCGGGUUGUACAUGUAUUGGAAAGAAACACUUUUGUCAAAAUUUUAUAUGUAGAUCUGGCUAAUGAGGGUGUGCUGUGUGUCGGCCUUUUUCA